ACACAAUGAAUGCGACAGCGAGUCGACGGAAAAGAGCGGCGCGUCGGCCACCACCGCGUGGUCACGUGGGGCGCGUUAAUGGGAAAUCCGAUCGUCUCCAAAUCGGCAGAAAAUCUAUCCAGCACGGCUCGCCGGGCCUGAACAUAUUCCAACACAUAUCCCCCCGGCCCCAACCUGCCAGAUUCCACGCAUGUCUCGUCACUGGCUGGCGCUCUCGGUGCGCAAUUCCCUCGCUCCGUUUUUAUAUCAAACUCCGACGCUCUCGGCGUCGCUGCUGAAUCGUCGAGCUCCGUCGUCGUUCCGAUCAUAUUCUUCUGAGUCUGAACGCUCUCGAUCAGAUGAGCCGGCCCCGGCCACGGACGGCGAGAGCAAUGCACAGCAGGACCCGGAUGCCGGGCGGGAGAAGCCCCGGAAAUCUUACCUUCAACGACGCGCUGUCUCGGCAGCGCGGCCUCGCCCCGAUUUCUCUGACCCAUCGAGGAAGCCGAACCUGACUUCCAAACCGUCGAAGAAACCGAGCAUGACUCCCACCUCAUUGCGGGCGGGGAGUAUGACCCGCGGCGAGAGGCAGGUCUUCAGCGACUUGCUGCAGCAGAUUGGAGGGGGCCAGCAAGAGCCAGAGCAAGCGCCGACGGAUCACACGAAGGAGGAGACUCCCGAAAGCCCGCCCCCGGGGCUUCCGAGAUUAAGCAACGAGGAUCGCAGCGAACGGGACCAGAUUUCGUGGAUCUUCGACUCCGUGCUGAAGGACGUCCAGAACCGGAACCGGAACCGACAUCAGAACCAGAACCAGGAAGCAGAAGCUCAGCAGGGUCAGGCCGCCAUGCAGAUUCCCGAGGAACUCGAUGCCGGGAGCAUCGAGCAUAAACUGAUCAGACGGGGACUUACGAUAGAGCACAGCAGCGCCGAAAUCUCGGAGUUGCUCAGACUCGAAAGCAUCCCGAUGCAAGAGGCGGUCUUUCUGAUCGUCGAACGAGAAUCCGCGAGGACUGGAACCGCUCUGCAGGCCGCCAUCGACGCAGGCAAAGGCGAUCAGGCCGUUUGGGACGUCUGCAAGGAACGUAUCUUCUCCAUGCUCGACCUUCUCGUGACUACCCACACCGCCGGGGCGGACGGUGAUGCCUCCCCCUUUGCUCCUCCUUCAGACCCGACCGCCGUUCCCGAACAGACCGCCACCCUCGCGAAACUCCUCGAUCUCCCGCCCGAAAUGCCCGCCGAAUCGGUGGUCUCGGCGCUCUACCCCAAGAUGCUCCUCUCCGUAUUCCAACUCCUGAACCUCCACUUCCCGCAGUCGCCGCUGAUCGGGCAGUUCCGCACGACCGUCAAGUCGCACGGACGCACAUCGACCGUGCUCGGGGCCUCGACGGGCCUGUACAACGAGAUGAUCUACUUCUACUGGCGCGGCUGCCAGGAUCUGCCCUCGGUGAUCUCCCUACUGCAGGAGAUGGAAGUGACGGGCGUGGAGCCGGACGAGCGCAUGUGCGCCCUGCUGAGAGCGAUUGUUCUCCAGCGCAAAGAGGACAUCCAGAAGCAUGCGAGGCGGAGGAUGCCGAAUGCGCCCAAGACCCGCGAGCCGUGGUGGGAUCUAGCGCCGAACCGCAUGGCCGUGAAGGACUUGAUUGGGGAGGACGGUUGGAUUCGCAAGUUGGAAAUGCGAGUGCAGGAGAAGGAGGAGAGGGAGAAGGAAGAGAAGGAGAAGGAUAUGCAGUGGAAGAAGCAAGAGGAAAGGGAGGAUGUGAAGUGGGAGAAGGGGUUGAAGUAGUCUGUCUGGGUUUGGGGG